GAGGACAUCCACAUGCACCUCGUACUGUGAGCUAGCCACAGUUUUGACUUUUUAUUCCGAUUUAAGUCAAAAUUCGCCAUGGACACAGACAAAAAUGUAACCUACGAUGCUACACCAGCCAUGGAGGGUAAAGAUGAAACAGACUCUUUCACAGCGGUUAAGUCUAAAAAGAGUCACAAGCGAAAACGUGAACAAGAUGGAGCGGACAUGGACACGGAGACCGUGGCGACCAAGCGGCCGCAGUUUCCACCAAUCUCUGGCGAAAAACUCAGGGGGCCAGAUGAGAUGCGUAAAAUUGCGGUCCCAGCUCACAGAUACACCCCGCUGAAGGAAAACUGGCUGAAGAUUUUUACUCCUAUUGUUGAGAACCUACAGCUACAAGUCAGAUUCAACCUGAAAACUAGAAAUGUUGAAAUUAAAACAUGCAAAGACACGCAGGACAUCAGCUCCCUUACAAAAGCUGCAGAUUUUGUGAGAGCCUUUGUGCUCGGUUUCCAGGUUGAAGAUGCCCUAGCUCUCAUCAGAUUAGAUGAGCUUUUCCUAGAAAGCUUUGAUGUCACAGAUGUGAAACCUCUGAAAGGAGAUCACUUAUCCCGAGCCAUUGGGAGAAUUGCAGGGAAGGGAGGAAAAACCAAAUUCACCAUUGAAAAUGUCACAAAGACCCGCAUAGUGUUAGCAGACACAAAAGUUCACAUAUUGGGAUCUUUCCAGAAUAUCAAGAUGGCCCGGACAGCAAUAUGUAACUUAAUCUUAGGAAGUCCACCUUCAAAGGUCUAUGGUAACAUCAGGGUGGUGGCCAGCAGGACCGCUGAGAGAUUUUGAAGUUCAGUUGGCUGCCGUGUGUAUUUUGCCGUGUUCUGACUGGCUAAUGUCCCUCUGUUGGUGGCCAACACAAAAAGACUUUAAGUGCCUCACUACCCAUGUGGCAUCUGUGUUUUUGGACCAGUUAACACCAGAGAUGUGGCAGAAUCACAAUACAUGCAUGAAUCGCUGUGCAGAUAUCCAGAAAUGUGUAAAUACAAUAAAUAUUUCAAAUCUCUGCUAAUAAAUGAGUCCAUGUUACAUUCAGAAGA